GCUUGUAUCCAAAUAAAUUGAUCCGACGAUGGUCCCCUCCAUCCGGCAUUUUUUAUCGGUGGCGGUGCACACGGGGGAUCCCAGAUCUGGCAACCUCGUGACCCACCUGCUGCCUCCAGGGAACGGCCUCCUCCUGAUCGGGUCUCCACAUCGACAUCCUGGAGCCUGGCGCACCUUCCACAUGGGUAGAUUGAAGGGUAUUCCGUUUGAAUUGCUUGAUCAAAGGCCGCUGUGCAAAACCAGAUACAUUGAAUCUGGACAUUUUGAAUUCACGGCUAUAAGUAUGGUCACACUCCCCACAAUUGCCAUUAGCAUCCAGAAGCAACCAGGCAAACGCAGGGUGUAUCCACAGAAUCCAUAUCCUCCAAACGACGUUUCAAUGGCUUCGUCGUUGGCCAUAGCUGAUAAGAGAUCGGCGAUCGCCGAGAAAGCCAAGGAAGACGAAGAGUUGAGGAAGAGAAACGAGGAGCUGGAGCGGGAGCUGAAGGAGAGCAGAGAGAGGGAGGAGAUAAUGAUGAAAGAGCUGCAGAAGGCGUGGGAGAGGCUGAGAGUGGCCGAGGAGGCGGAGGAGAGGCUCUGCUUCCAGCUAGGUGAGCUGGAGGCGGAGUCCGUACAUCAGGCCCGCGAUUACAACGCCCGCAUCAUCGCCCUCGUGGAUCAACUCUCCCAGGCUCAGGCUCACCUUCCACUGUCUGAUCGCCGAUCUCCUCAAACUUUCGUUAUCUUUUGAUUUCCCAUCCUAUAUAUUCCCAGUCUACAUGCAGGUUAUCAGCUAGCUGUCUACAUGCAGGUUAUCAGCUAGCUGCGUAUAUAUAGAUAUUGAUUGAUGCUUCCAUUUCGUGGAUCUUGUUCCGAGCUCUGUUUAUUUAUAUAGAGUUGGGAAGAGGAUAUUGGCUGUAGAUUUUCUGGAUUUUUCCUUGCCUUAUUUCAUAUGCAUUGAUGAAUGAAAUGUAACGUAAUUUGUCAGAAUGUAUAAAAUCUAUCUCCAAUU